AUGCGAAAGAACUGUUUUAACGAAAGUGUCACUUCUGUGGGAAAUUCUUGGGUUGUAUGUAGAUCCAAAUCUCAUCCCGGGCGAAUAUAUUACUUCAACACAUUGACUGGAGAAGCAGCAUGGAAUCUAAGCGAAGCUGAGAUUGAAAAAGCUAAAAAUACUACUAAAAUUAUUGAAAAUACCGGAGUCCGGAUUGAAGGCUAUCCAGAACCAAGUGAUCCUCCACAUGAUCAGUCUAAUGUUAUUCAUUCAUUUAAUAAAUGUGCAAACAAUAUGCCCAAUGCUGCUAAACAAAACAUUUAUAAUAAUCCAAUAUCAAGUAAUCAAUCAAAGCAGCAACAUUUAAUUCCACCCUUUACUGGAGUUCAGUGUUCUUGUAAUCAUUCAAAUCCUAUGAACAAUGUUGGUUUAGGAAUUCCUAUUGCAUCAGGACUGAAUCCUAAUAUAUGGAAUAUUCCUGUAGCUCAACAACUUCUUCUUGCAAAUACCAUUCCUCCCUUGUUAAGUCAGGCUCCAUCUACAAUAAUUAACAUGCCUAAUAAAGUAGGUGGAAAUGAAAUCAGAUAUGUACAGUCAACUUCAGUGCCAUUAAACAAGCGUUUUAAAAAUCAGACGAUUACUGAUAACAGUUAUAAGUCUUCAAAGACAGGAAUUAGAAAAUUUAAUGCACGGACGUUUAAUAAAACAGGUACAAGAAAUUUCCUUCAUUAUAAUACACCUAACUUCAAAAAUGAUUUAAGGCAAUUACUAUCAACCAAAAGGCGAAGAAACUCUUCUAGCAAUAAUACCAGUUUACUCCAUGGUGUCCCUCAAAAUUCUGAUACAGAAACAUGUGAGAAGGAAAAGUCUGAUGAUUUACAAGAAGAUGCUGAUGACAUAAGCUCCCAAAUAAAAUUUAAUGUAUCAGGGCUUAAAAAUAUUGCAAAACACAAUAUUGAUGAGGAUUUAUGGUAUAUUGUAACUGAUACAAAUGUUUUACUAAAUCACCAUAGGUUUAUAAAAAUUUUGUUGGAUUCUGAUAAAGAAUGUCGUCUUAAGGUGCCUGAACAUGUUAUAACAGAAAUUCGAAAUGCCAGUAGAAGUUCAAGUAUACGUGAAAUGAAUCACGCUCGACGUGCCAUGUCCUUUCUGUCGCAAAACAUUAGAGCUGGUUUAGCUAGCAUUGCAAAGGAUCCCUUGAUGGCAAAUAAUACCGGAAAAUCUUAUAUUUUAGACUGUUGCUUGAAAUUGAUAGAUGAAAAUAAUCAUAUUGUUCUUUUAUGCAAUGAUAAAGAACUUCAAAAUCAUGAAAAAGCAAUACGCAUACCAAUGUUUACUGUAAAUGAAAUAAAAGCGUUUUUAAAUACUAGUGUAGAAGAUAACACACGGCCCAGUGCAACACUGUUAUCAAAUGAACCUCUCAUUAAGAUAACAAUACCAAAUAACCAAACUUAUACAAAAAACGAAAAUGUAACUAAAUCUCAGGAAAUAGAAUUAACACCGAUUGAAAUCACAGAAACAAAUCCGGAAAAAAGGAAAACGGAAGCUAUAAGUGUAGGCGUUUAUACAGACAAUUUAACAGAAGUAAGAACUAUGGUUAAUGUCGGAGUCCAAACUGAUAUUUUUUUCGAUCAGUCCUCUCAGACUGCUAAUACCCAAAGUUGCAAUCAGACUAUAUCAGUAACAAAUUCUGCAAAUUCAGACGAUAGACAAGAUAAAUUAGAUAAUGAUGGGCCUUCAAACGGAAAAGAAAUUAAACUGAAUCAUACAACAUCAAACCAGUCGUCUAAAAAUGCAGAUGAUAUCACAGAAAAGACAAAUUUUAAAUGGCGUAGAAAGAGACGUAGAUCUCUCCUUGAUAGUUUAAAGGUCCCUCGUGAACAAGAAAUGAACAUAUCUCAUGAAUCUUAUAGUACAGUAUUUAAUAAGAGAUUAAAACAGGGCGAAAAUUCUGAAUUAGAAAAACAGUCGCCUGGUCACGUAUCUAGUAAUAGUGAAUCUCAAGUUUCGGUCAGUAACCACCAUAGCUUUGUUGAUAAUGUAGUAAUAGAAGAAACUUCGACAUCCGGAAUCAUAUCCAAUACUAACAGUAAUAAUGAUUCUGAAAACGAAUUAGCUAAAAACUCACAAGAAGAUAUAUCCAUUUCUUGUUUAAACAAAGAAACGGGAAAUUGUAGAAAUGUUAUGUUUGAAAUAACUAAUCAAGCUAUGGAAGAAAAUUUAAAAACAAGAUACGAUGAAUGGGUCUCGCGGUUUAUUCAAAUAAUGGAAGAAGUUUUAACACAAAUUUUACAAAAAGAUCUCUUAUGUUUUCCUAAUUCAUUGUCACCACCGUGGACUCUGUUUGAAGCGACGCAAUGUAUUAAAAUGAAAUUUCAUAUGGACUGCGAUAUAGUUGAUGCUGCAACCAAGCUAUCUGAGGUUCUAAUGAAAAUCAGUGACAAAAAAGGAACAAUAAAUAUAAAUAUGAAUCCAAAUAAGUAUAUGGAGAUGUACAGUUUUGGUGUGUAUUUAAUUGACACAUUGCAAGCUGCAAACAGCAACAGUGAAGAUCUUCAAACAGCUGCUGAAUCGCUUGCGAAAUUAUUAAGCGAUAUUCAAAAUCCAAAUGCAGACACUAGUCAUAACGACUCUUUUGCUGAUAUUUCAAGAGAAGACGAAGUUGUUUCAGAUAAAAGUUAUGUUGAUAAUACAGAGCCAGAGAUUGAUGAACAUUCUCCCGCUGCCCUUAGAGGUGAUCUCUAUUCGUCAGAUAAAAGGUCUUGUACUAAGUCACUGGAUUCUCCACUGAAAUAUAAUCUACGUUCACUGUGGAAGAGGACAAUUAAAGGAAAUAAGUAUGAGAGUGAGGUUCGGUUUAUAACAACAGAUCCAGAGACUACCUUUUUCUCAAGCUUGAAUCUACAAAAGAGAAAUGAAGCCAAUGAAAAUGAAGUAUCUCCUGUUAACGAACCUCAUACGCCAUCAUGUGAUCCACCAAUACGAUCCACUGGAUUAAUAUUUGAUAACAAAAAUGAGUCAAAUGACAAAAACAUAACAAAUGAAGAAAAAUCAAAAAUACAAAUGGAAGUGAGUGAACCAAAGAUUAUUAGAAAUUUCACUAAAUGUCUAGAAUUUGAAGAAAAACUUAAAAAUAAAGAAAAAGAGACGUUUGGACUGGAUGAGUUACAUAACAUUACUGAGCCAUGCUUAGAUUACGAAUAUAUGGAAGACGACGAUUUAUCUCAAGAUGAAUAUGACAUUUACGAUGAAAUAGAAAAUGAUAAUGGAACUGAAUGUCUUGCUGAAAAUGGACACAACAUACCGUUAAAUGUUAAUGGAAAACAUAAGUUUAAACCGAUUAUUCGUAGAAGUUUACGCGAAAUAAGGGAGACUUUUCUCGUUAUUUAUGCUUUUUGUGAAGAGUCACAGAAGCGACUGACCUCUGAACCCGAAAAGAAUCACAUUGAAAUACUAAUAAAGGCCAAACAGACACAUUCUCAUAUAAAUAAACUUUGUAGUGCCCUAAAUAGUAUAUACAAAAGAGACGCGGAGACGUCAGAUAAUAAUAUAGCAUCGAUUUUAAAAUCAGAAAUUGAAGGUAUCGAGUUAGAAGAAACUGAUUUGAAGGAAUACAGGGCUCUUAUGGCAAAAUGCGAAAAACAAGCUAACAUACUUCGUGAAACUGUUGAAACAAUUAUGUAUCACGUACAAAGAUAA